CAGCCCAAGAAGAGAAGAAGGCGAAGGCGGCGGCUGGGUCGGGCGCUCCCCACCAUCCAACCAACCAAACCUCUCAUCUCUCCGCCGCGAUGGCAACUGCGGCCGCCGGUGGUGACCAGUGAGGUCGCCGCCGGCUGAAGUGUGGUUCCAUUCGAGGGCAGUGGCCUGUAGCGCCGGCCGCAUAUGUCAGCUCUCCGCUUAUGCCAUGGAGCCAUCAAGUCGCCGUGCGCUCGGAAGCUUGCUGCUGCUGCUGCGCCCUGCGCUCGGAGGGGAAUCCCGGCACCCCACCAAAAGAAGCAAGCGACCUUCUGCUUGAUGCGAGCUUCUCCUUCCUUCCGCACAAAUUCUAGGCAGAUGCAAUGGUCCAUUGAGGCUAUGACCGAUGAUAGUGCUGACCAAUCAGGCGACAAUAACACUCGCCUGUUUAGUGCAAUUCAGUCGUUUUUGAGCAAGUUAUAUGGCAAGCUCAAGAAACUAAGGAAAGGGCUGCCGCUGAAGAUCCUCUUUUUUCUCAUCGGAUUUUAUUGUGCUACGGCAUUUGCUACUGUCAUCGGGCAAACAGGUGACUGGGACAUAUUGUCUGCUGGACUUGCUGUUGCCAUUGUGGAGGGUAUCGGGGCUCUGAUGUAUAGGGCUUCGUUUGCGUUUCUUGGUAGGAUAAGGAAGAUGAUUACCAUAUUCAAUUACUGGAAAGCUGGCCUUACACUUGGAUUGUUCCUGGAUUCUUUUAAGUAUGAAGUGGAUGAAUUUCUUGAAUCCUGUAAUCCAUUCAACAUUGAUAUCAAUAUAUUUAGUCUUUGGUGAACUUCUGCUCCAGGUUUUAAAA